AAUGGGAUGGGGAUUGCUUGGGGACUGGAUGGAAUAUGGGUAGAACAGGAAAGCUCUUUCCCAUGGGAAGUGCCAGGCUCCAAAAAACCCCAAAGGGGAUCCCCAAAGAGUCACAUCCUGGUGCUGUGCCCCUUCCCCCAGCAGGCCGUGGCGGUGCCGUGGGGCCGCUGGGCGAAACGGGGGAGGAACCCCCCGCAACUUCAGGGCUCCCCUGUCCCCGCAGGGUCUCCUCGUGCCCGGGGAAGCCCUGGCUCUCCCGGUGUCGCCAUGGAGGGGUCCUCGGUGCUCAGCCCGUCCUCAUGGGAGAAGCGGCGCGCCUGGGCCCGGCAGAGCCGGUGCUGGAGGACCACGGUGGUGGAGGAGGAGGCGGCCGCUGCCAUGCAGGACGUCCCCGAGCUGCAGCCCCCCCACCUGGACGACGUCUUCCUCGAAGGAAGCUCCGCCAGCAAGAUAGAGACGUGGCUGCAGGACUGCGGGUCGUCCUUGGAGGCGCUGCCGGAGGAGUCGUGCUCGUUGGGUCCCUAUGGCUGCGGGAGCAGCGACGCCAGCUUUGAGGACGACCUGACGCUGGGAGCUGAAGCUCUCCUGCUACCGGGGAAUGACAAAACCAUCGGCAGAGCUCUGUGGGGCAGACGCCUCAACCUGGGGCACAGCAUGGCAUCCAGCGCGCUCUCCGGCCUCACCAACCGAACCAGCUCCAGCAUCUCCGAGGUGCUGGAGUGGCGGCAGGUGGACGCCGAGGAGAUCCUCUAUGAUUUGGGGUUCGUGCAGAACGAGCCGGGCGCUGUGGCUCGCGUCCCCGCGCGCUUCUUCUCGGCCCCAUCCCGAGCCAGGGGCAUCGACUUCCAGCUCUUCCUGAAGGCCCAGGUGCGGCGUUUGGAGAUGGAGGACCCCUGCCUGAUGCUGGCCAGUGAGUGACACCGGGGGACGGUGACACGGCGGGGGGGGGGGGCUGCAUCCCGUGGCUUGUCCCCCUGCCCCGUCUGUUGGAGCUGGGGUUGAUCUGCUGUGCUGAGCUUUGCUCCGUGGGGGUGGUGGUACGGCCGUCCUGUGCCUCAGUUUCCCCAUGGAAUGUGGGAAAUCAUGGCCCCGUGCCUCAGUUUCCCCAUGGAAACUGGGGAUGCUGGUCCCCAUGCAUCAGUUCUCCCAUAGAAACUGGGGAUGCUGGUCCCGUGCCUCAGUUUCCCCAUGGAAACGGAGUGCCCUUCCAUUUUCCCAACUGGUGAGAGCACAACCCGCUGUCAGGG